AGACCCUGAGCGCCAAUCUCCCCCUUUGAAAAAGUGAGACAAUAAAAGUAGGGCUUGUAUUCUUUUGGUCCAGGCUUCAGCAGGAUGUGUGCUCACUGUUUUUGUUUAGGCAGACAUUUUUAGAAGCCCAUAGAGACAAAACAAUGCAAACAACGUCAUCAGAGAGGAAUAUGGGAUGGGCUGACCCUCUCGCAGCAAUCCAGAACAAUGGAGACACACACACACACACACACACACGCACACAUCCAAUCAGCACUCCGUUUGGCAAGUGAGCAAGCGCAAUAAUAAACUGAUGGGAGAAUGACUCACUCAAAAUGUUUUGCUCAUUUGGAACUAUGGUGCUUGUUAAAUGAGUCGCAAAUUUACGGACAAAGGAGCGAGCGGGCGCAUGAGCAAGCGUGCAUAUUUUCACUAGGUUUGUCCGUUUCCUGCUUUGCUUUCCACUCCACCUUGUGUAGUCACUAAAUUUAGCCCCGUGCAGGCAGGACGACUAAGUUGGGCAAACAAUUGAAGGAAGUCUAAUAGCCAUUUGGACACACAAGUUACAAAUAGGAAUCAGCCAAUGUGGAGCAGCAGUGUGGCUGGCCGCUGCUGGCACAUGGAAAGGUAGACGCAGACUCAAUUGAAAAUAUUCCCAUUUGGAGCCAAUGGCCUCUUCUGACCCUUGUUGUGGAUAUGCUUUAAACGCUUCAUCAUCAUCCAUGAGGUUGGCUGUGUUUACUAACAGGAAGGAGGAGGAAGAGGAGGAGGUCAUAUGGUGGUGUGCUCUCUCUCUCUCUCUCUGUCUCUCUCUCUGUCUCUCCACUCUAUAAGCAUUAACAGCUUGCACCAGUUCCGAUCUGCUUUCCUGGCACUCGGCACUCUUUUCAGUGGGGAUACUUUGAGCGGUGCAAAAGAUUGACUCUUGGACUCAACAACAUGGGAUCGUCGACACUGGGAAAGGCAGCUUCUCUUGAUGCCCUCUUGAAUGAAUGCAUUCAUGCAUUUGACGACAAUGGCGAGCUACAGGCCAACCUUCCCCGCAUGCUUCUGCUGAUGCAUCGCUGGUAUGUUUCAUCUUCAGAACUGGCUGGAAAACUUCUGAUGAGGUAUCGCGACUGCGACACUGAUGACUGCCAGAAAACAAGACUGAAGAUUUGUUACUUAAUGAGGUACUGGAUCGGGACAUUCCCUGCAGAAUUCAACCUGGACUUGGGUCUGAUACAGAUAACGGAGGAGUUCAGGGAAGUUGCUGAAAGGCUCAGCUGUGACAAGCAUUUCAAACUGAUUGACAUUUCCACCAUUCCUUCGUAUGACUGGAUGCGCAAGUUGACGCAGCGUAAAAAGCAGGUGAAGAAAGGGAAAGCUUCGCUCUUGUUUGACCACCUUGAACCCAUGCAGCUUGCGGAACAUCUGACUUUUUUGGAGUUUAAAUCCAUCAGGAGGAUCUCGUUCCCUGAUUACAAAAGCUAUGUGAUCCACGGUCGUCUGGUGGACAAUCCAACACUGGAACGCUCCAUUGCUCUGUUCAAUGGAGUUUCACAGUGGGUCCAACUUAUGGUGUUAAGCAAGCUGACACCUCUAACCAGGGCAGAGGUUAUCACCAAAUACAUCCAUGUGGCUCAGAAACUUCUUCAGUUGCACAACUUUAACACUUUAAUGGCAGUGGUGGGAGGGCUGAGCCACAGCUCCAUUUCUCGUCUGAAGGAGACGCAAUCGUAUCUCUCUGCCGAGGUAGUUAAGAUGUGGCGCAUGAUGACCGAACUGGUCUCUUCCAACAAUAACUACUCGUACUACCGCAAGGCCUUCAGUGAGUGCCAAGGCUUUAAAAUCCCCAUCCUGGGUGUGCACCUGAAGGACCUCAUAGCAGUGCAUGUGGUCUUCCCUGACUGGGUGCAAGACAAGGUCAACCUGGUGAAGAUGCAGCAGCUCUACGUGACUUUCAACGAGCUGGUGACAUUGCAGAACGCAGCGGCCCAAGCGGAGCCCAACAUGGACCUGAUCUACCUGCUCACGCUUUCUUUAGACCUUUACUACACCGAGGAUGAGAUUUAUGAAUUGUCACUGCUCCGGGAACCGCGUAAUCCCAAAUCACUGCCAACCUCUCCCACGACUCCUCCCAACAAGCCGCUGGUACCGCUGGACUGGGCCUCAGGUGUCCCGACCAAACCGGAUCCCACUGUGGUCAACAAACACAUCAGGAAAGUGGUGGAUUCGGUGUUCAGGAACUACGACCCCGACCAUGAUGGUUUUAUUUCUCAAGAAGACUUUGAAAAUAUUGCCGCUAACUUUCCCUUCCUGGACUCCUUCUGUGUUUUGGAUAAAGAUCAAGAUGGCCUGAUCAGUAAAGACGAGAUGAUUGCGUAUUUCCUUCGAGCGAACCCGCUGCUUCAGUGUGAGAUGGGUCCGGGAUUUUUGCAUAACUUCCAGGAAAUGACAUAUCUGAAGCCCACCUUCUGUGCGCACUGCGCUGGGUUUCUCUGGGGCAUCAUCAAACAGGGCUACAAGUGUAAAGACUGCGGCGUCAACUGCCAUAAACAAUGUCGGGAGUUGCUGGUUCUGGCUUGCAGGAAGCUGCUGCGCUCUGGUUCCUUUGGGUGCGUGAGCCCCGACAGACUGAUGACGCACAGCUCGUUGCCCAGCAGCCCUGCGCUCGACACCUGUAGCGACAAGGAUGAGGUGUUUGAGUUCCCCGCUGCGAUGACAUCAGCUCGUCCUACAAAAAGCAUCACCCUGAUGACCGGCUCGGCCCAGAGGAUCUCCGUCCGCCUGCAGAGGGCCACUAUCAGCCAGGCCACGCAGACUGAACCUCUGUGGUCACAACACAGCUGGGGGAGCACAGCUGACAGCGGAUCCCACACCUUCCCCAAAACCAAAUAUCGGAGCGCUCCAAAUAAAGCUCUCGCCUCAUGGGACAACCGGGAUCACGGGCCGCAUUUGGUACAGUGCGGCGGUCCCGCCCUGGACAAGACCGAUGUCCUCGUGCAGAUUCAAGAUCGCAGAGGGAAGGACAGCUGACUUGGUAACCUGUGUGUGAAUCGCCAGUCUCAGCGGUCCAGAAAGACCCUGGUGGCUGGUACCAGGAAGUUCUUCUGUCUGGGAAGGUGCAUGGCUCUCUGAUUGAUGUUCCCCAUUCACCGAGCGUGUGUCAUCGUUGGGUCACGGCGGGCUCCUGCGCCGACAGCGAAAUGUGCUAAGGCCCGCCCGCUUUGUUCAGUAACAGGGCAACAUGUGAUCUGUGGGAAAGGAGAAGCGCAAUGGACAGGAAGGAGAGCGAGCAGUCCUUCUCUGGGUUGCAUAAGAAAGCAAGCGCACUCCCAGCUUUGAGACCAGAGGAUGGAUGGUGGACUUUAUUUGGAGCGUUCUCCAGAAGACACCAGAACGUCAGCAGCACGAGUGUAAAACAUUUGGACAAAACCACUAAUAGAGGCAAUUUCCUUUGUCACACCAAUCUUAAUUCAGUGUUUGACUUUUGGAUGAACAUUUGGAGAAAGACAAUAGCUAACAGAUAAUAGGCCACUUGCAUGUGGAUUGUGAAGUAACAAUAAAAGGGAAAGUCGAGAUAAAAAGGCAGGGCUC